CAAGCUUUGAUUUCACCUCGUGCCCAGCUCUUUUCGUCCUCCUCUUCCGUUCCCAAGCUUUUUUCCUUUUCCCCUCCCUGUAGCUAGUCCCGACUCUUCUACUCCCCGCCGCGCUGUACCCGCCCAUUCCUGCACCCGCUCAUGCACUCGGCGCGCUGAUCCAAUCCGGUCCAUACCAAGACUUCUUUUUUCUUCUCCCUGACCCCAAUGACGUGCUAACCCGCCGUCGGGCAAUCUCUUGGUUGUUACGUUUGCUCAUCGCCAUCGUGGGAGCAAAUGCUCAUCCCACGACGAGCCAGCCAGUCGGCUACUCAGCGAAUUGCCGAUCAGCUCUGCGUCAAUCUGCCUUUGCCUGUGACCGCGACACAUUUGUCAUGACCUGUCGUCUUCGUUGGGUCACGCUCCCGCGCGUAGCCCAUCCCUCACUGCAAACCAUGCUGUGCUGGAUCUGACGGGCUCCAGAAGCGAUUCCCAAAUCAUAUCGAGUUUCCAGCCAAAUGAUGCGGCUUCUGCCACUCCAUUGUCAAGGCGGUGAUUGCUGGCUGCCACCCGUCCGCCUGUUACUGUCUCUUGCGGCUGCUCUUACGCCCCCGUCGCGGCCGGAACCAGCCCAUACCAUGUCCCAGACUAUCAACUGCCGCCGACGCCACAUUCCCCGUCCAUAACUUGUUUGACUUGAAAAGCUAUCGGCAUUCCCUAUCCUUUCGUCUCUCUGCUCGCAUUUUCCGGCCGGAGAAUGCCUCAUGAGGUCGCAUUGGGGUCCUCUUUUUCGUAUGCACCCUUUUGCGAAACGGCCAAAACGGUCCAACACAUGCGAGUUGGGAAGGUACUUGUUCAUUCGCGGCGUCGCCAUCCCAAGAACCCAUAAAUACAAACUUGCGGCUGAGAACAUCUACUUCGUUCCUAUUAUUAAGGCUUCCGUGAUUUUUUCUUAAAAAAAAACAAGAUCCAUUUGCGACCACAACUGUUGCGAUCACUACUUCUGCUACAAAAAUAACCACGAGCCAAACUGCCGCCUUUGAGCCAUGGCUGCUCCCACUGACAUGGUCAUGGAUGUGGAUAGACCAAAUCCUCGACUCAAUGGCGGCAGUCCGAGAAACUAUCUCCAAAAUGGGAGUCCUGGAAGCCCUUACAAUGGCAGCCCGCGCAGCAUGCACAACGGCAGCCCUCGGAGAAUGGGUUUAGAUUUUGUCACCUUGGGCAUGUUCAUAAUAGAUGAAAUACAUUUUCCACCACCACAACCUGCGGUACAAAACAUUCCUGGCGGCGCAGGAUCCUUCUCGGCGCUUGGGGCUCGAAUAUUCUCUUCGCCGCCUGUCUUGUCAAGAGCAGUGGGCUGGAUUGUGGAUUGUGGCUCGGAUUUCCCACCAGCACUACGGCAUUAUCUCACUGAGUGGGAGACGUACUGCUUGAUGCGCGAGACACCCGACCGGUUAACAACAAGAGGACUGAACGAGUACGGUGAGCACGAUUUCAGAGCUUUCAGAUAUCUGACCCCGAAACGACGACUGGAAUUCACCGAUCUGAUGCCUGAAAUGCUGUUAUCUAAGAGCUUUCAUCUGAUAUGCUCGCCGUCGAGGUGUAUAGAGCAAGUUGAAGGAAUACUACGGCGGAGAAGUCGGGAACUCGGCGUCGAUGUGUCGAAGCGACCCCUAUUCAUAUGGGAACCUGUACCUGAUUUGUGCACUCCCUCUCAGUUGGACGUAGCACGCCAGGCACUACGGAACGUUGAAGUCGUUUCCCCAAAUCACAUGGAACUGUGCGCCUUCUUCGGAAUCUCUGGGUCCCUGCCCGACAGCGGUGCCGUCGACCGCAACAUGGUCGAACGAUGCGCCGACGAGUGGCUCUCCUCCGGAAUCGGCGUCGAGGACGGUCCAGGCGCCAUCGUCGUCAGGGCUGGUAGAGAGGGAUGUUACAUCGCUACGCGAAAGCAGUCGUGCUGGUUACCAGCCUAUCACCAGUCCCCAGAAAAAGUGAAGGAUCCAACGGGAGGCGGUAAUACGUUUCUGGGCGGUCUAGCUGUCGCCCUUGCAAGGGAUAAGAGUCUGGUUGAAGCGGCGAUUUGGGGCACCGUCGCCGCGAGCUUUGCGAUUGAACAGAUCGGCAUGCCAAUCCGGACGGUAGGACAAGACGGGAAAGAGCGCUGGAACGGAGAUCGUGUUGCGGAACGUUUAGAAUUAUAUCUACAGAGGUUGUGAAUACGUGGUGCACAUCCGCAUGAGAGAUUAUGGUGGGAAAAGCGAACAUUUUGUUUUUGUGAAUGGGGCACUACUGCUGCUGAUUGAGCUGAUGGUCGGGAUUCUAUAUACAUACGUAGCAGUUGCCUCGCCAUCCUCUCCUCGUAGACUUCUAAGGUUUAGUAGACGACUUGCCCAGAUAUACCCCUCCAAUGAAAGACAACAUCAUAAUCAACA